UUCAAAUGCCUGGUUGUGGCCCGAACUGAUAAGCAGCAUCCAGCAUACCAACAGUUCAUUCUCACCCAUUUCUUGUCGUCUGUGGCAUCAUUCCAUUUGAAUAGAGCUGCAUUUUAAGGUGGCCUAUUGUAGUUACUGCUCAAAGGAGAGUCAAUGUGCUGGUAACACUGUCUGAUUAUUGUUCUCUAUAGCCAUACUAGGAUGUGGAUUACUUCAACGGUGGAGGAUUUGUCACCAGUUGAACCCCUUUAAAACUUUUAAUGCACAAUUGGCUGAUCAUAACCACCAAAAACAGAUGUUUUACUUUUUCUCUCAAUCAGAAAAGAAGACCAUUUGCAUAUAUUUUUGUUCAGUAUAUUAUGACAAUAAUGACAAUGUAUGACUUCUGUUACAUCUAAUGAAAACUAACACUGUUAGUUGAUUACAUAAUCUCACAAAAGGUAGGUUGAACUGGGCGCAUGUCUAUUGUGAAUGGCUUUUGUCUGUAUUUAGUUGCUAAGGUGAGGUUUUUCACUUAGUGAUAUGAUAUAAAACACACACUCAUGCAGGGCUAGAACAACAAAUUGCAACACGGACAUGCCGAGUAUGAAGGCUUAAGAAAAGACCUUUAGUUUCCAGUAUAUUUAAAAUGAUCAGCAAACUCAAAGGUUCUGAGGCUCGAGCCACAUCAAACUAUAAGAACCCUUAUGCAGUGGAUGUGAUCCAGGCAAAGAGAAGAGAUCUGGUUUAUGGAAUCUCACACACUGAGGAUCUGCUGGAUCUUCUUGUCACAGAAGGAGCCAUGACGGCAGAGAAGAGGUCCAUCGUCUUGACCAUCAGGACGCGUAUAGAUCAGAACUCCAGAGUCCUGGACAUCCUGGAGGCCAGAGGUGAGAGAGCAUGUCGGAAAUUCUUCCACCCCUGUCUUAUGCUGGCAGAACCAGACCUCUAUCAGCGAAUCAAGACCUACGUGGGUAGUGUGAACGAACAUAUUCAAGACUCAAGGAGACAGCUGAUUGGGUAUUUGCUGGAGAGGGACAAUGAAGGGAUCGAUCAAUUAAAAAAUCAAACUGUAACUCAGAAGAUUCCCACUAUACGUAGCAUUAAAGAAGCUAAGAGAUACAAGAUUGAGAAGGCAGGAAGAAAAAACAUGCUGCUUGGAAAAGAGGACAAUAAACCAGCGGAGAGUAAAUCAGAAAACCUCAUUCACAUGACUGCUGCAAAUGGGGAAGUAGAGCUACUAGAGGAGCUGUUAGGAGACACUGACAUCAACACUGUCAAUACCUCCAAUGAGACUCUGCUACAUGCAGCAGCAGAACAUGGACAUUUAUCCAUCAUUCAGCUCUUGAUCCGUAAAGGAGCCAGACUGGACCUGCAGGACAACGCUGGUCACACAGCUCUUCACAAAGCAGCCAGCAGGGGUCACACUGACAUCAUGAGGGUCCAUAAAGGUGGGGCCCCCAUCCACACUCUGGAUUUGCAGGGAAAAACCCCCAUUCACCUGGCAGUGGAUGAUGAACACCUGGAUUCUGUAAAAGUCCUGGUGGAAGAGGAGGUCAAGCAGUCUGAGAGCCACAACCAGGACAUGUUUCUCCACAUGGCAGCCAUGGAAGAUAACUGGAGGCUUGCUGAGCUGUUGCUGCAGAACGGAGCUGCUGUCGAUGCCAUGAACAGCCAUAAAAAGACAGCUCUGUUCAAUGCAGUCAAGAGAAACAAUGAGAAAAUGGUGAAAAUGCUUCUCAAGGCAGGAGCCAAAGUUGACCGAGAUGCCUUAAAUGAAGCCAUUAAUCUCCAUGAAGCAACAAUUCUCCAGCUGCUGCUCGCGAAUGCCAGAGUUGUUCUGAGCGAAGAAGCACUGGGCUCUGCUCUUCUCUCAGCUGUAAGACAGAACCAUGAAGGAGCAGUGACUACACUGAUAGACAGUGGAGCAGAUGUGAACAUCUGUGACAAACAUGGAUAUACUCCUGUCCUCCUGUCGGCUGAGCUGGGACACACUGAAGUCUUCAGAGUGCUGGCAGCAAAGCAGGCCAAACUGGACACCACUUUAGCAGACCUGUCCUCUGCGUUGCACCUGGCUGUCCAUGGUGGCAGCAUUCCCAUAGUACAGACUCUGCUGGAACAAGGAACGGACCCCAACAUCGCUGGAGCUAAAGGCCAGACGCCCCUACACCUGGCAGCUCAGUGCAACAGGACGGACUUAACUGGUCUGUUGUUAGAAGUUGGAGCUCAGGUGAAUGCAGUGAACCAGGAUGGACUGACUCCUCUGCAUGUAGCAGGUCAGCAGGGUCACGCAGACACAGUGAUCCAGCUUCUUCAGGGUAAAGCAGAUCCCAAAGUCAAAGACAGGCAGGGGAGGACAGCUCUGCACUGGGCAGCAGCUUCUCAAGAAGAAAGCCGAGUGGUGGACCUUCUGCUGUCAGCCAAAACCAACCCAAACAUUACUGAUAACGAAAAGAAAACUGCCCUCCAUGUGGCUGCUGUGGCAGGAAAAGUAGAUGCAGUCACCUCACUGUUGUCCCACAAGGCAAAAGCAGGAACCAGAGACAUGGACGGCUCCACACCUCUACAUUACGCAGCAGCUGGUGGACAUGCCGGCGUGGUUUCAGCUCUGCUGCAUUCACUCAAAAGCAAGGGGACUGAAGACAGGAACGCAUGGAGGAAAACACCGCUUCAUGCUGCAGCUGAGAAAGGCCACGAUCAUGUGGUUGUGCUGCUCCUGGAGGCUGGAGCAAAGAUCAACAGCACAGAUCAGAAUAAAGACACUCCUCUGCACUGUGCUGCUCGCGGUGGACACCAGGAGGUGGUGAAGAGGCUUGUAAACUGGGGCCAAGCUGGGCAGAAAGGACGGAGGAAUCAGGUCAACCUACAAGCUACAAAUAAUGUGGGCAGGACGGCGCUGCAGCUGGCAGAGAGUGGAGACACACCAGAACAUGAGAACACUGCCGUUUUACUCAAGAAGAUGAUGUUUCUCAUCAAGUAGAAGGAGAGAAGUUAAAAUAACAAAUAAUAGAAAUUAAAAAUUUAAUAUCAGCUUGA